UCUUUUUAGAGCUUUGGCAGGCACACGUGCUGCCUGCGAGUAAUUUUUUUUGUUGCCGCAGCCGCCCUUAGGUUGGUCCGGUUGCUAUGAGUGUGCCUCUCAAUCCAAAGCCCUUCCUAAACGGGCUGACUGGGAGGCCAGUGAUGGUGAAGCUGAAGUGGGGGAUGGAAUACAAAGGCUACAGAGUCGAAGACUACAUGAACAUGCAGCUUGCAAAUACAGAAGAAUAUAUUGAUGGUGCAUUAUUUGGACACCUUGGUGAAGUUCUGAUAAGGGGCAAUAAUGUCCUUUAUAUAAGGGGUGUGGAAGAAGAAGAAGAUGGAGAAAUGAGAGAAUAACUAUUUU